AUGUCGUUUAGAACCCCACUUUUAUUAAGACAUAUCGCAAAAAGGGUUAAUGGUCUAUCCACUCCAUUAAGAUACCAAGCAAUGAGAUUGGCCUCUUCUAAAACCAUGACGGUCAGAGAGGCAUUGAACAGUGCAAUGGCCGAAGAGUUGGAUCGUGAUGAUGACGUUUUUAUCAUCGGGGAAGAAGUCGCACAAUAUAAUGGUGCCUACAAGGUAACCAAGGGUUUACUCGACAGAUUCGGCGAACGUAGAGUCGUUGAUACACCAAUUACUGAAUAUGGGUUUACUGGGCUUGCUGUCGGAGCAGCAUUGAAGGGUUUGAAACCAAUUGUGGAGUUCAUGUCGUUUAAUUUUUCCAUGCAAGCCAUUGAUCAUGUCGUAAACUCUGCAGCAAAGACUCAUUACAUGUCUGGUGGGACUCAAAAAUGUCAAAUUGUGUUUAGAGGACCUAAUGGGGCUGCCGUUGGUGUAGCUGCUCAACAUUCUCAGGAUUAUUCUGCUUGGUAUGGCUCCAUCCCCGGGUUAAAAGUAUUGGUUCCUUAUUCAGCAGAAGAUGCUAGAGGUUUAUUAAAAGCCGCCAUUAGAGAUCCCAACCCAGUUGUGUUUCUAGAGAAUGAAUUAUUAUACGGUGAAUCAUUUCCAAUAUCUGAAGAAGCUUUAUCUCCUGAUUUUACUCUACCAUAUACAGCCAAAGUUGAGAAGGAAGGCAAAGAUAUAUCUAUAGUCACCUAUACAAGAAACGUCCAAUUCUCUUUACAAGCUGCAGAAAUUCUCGAAAAGCAAUACGGAGUCUCGGCAGAAGUCAUUAAUUUACGUUCAAUAAGACCAUUAGAUAUCGAUGCUAUUAUUAAGACGGUCAAGAAAACCAAUCAUUUGAUUACGGUUGAAUCUACUUUCCCAUCAUUUGGGGUAGGUGCAGAGAUUAUUGCUCAAGUUAUGGAAUCUGAAGCAUUUGAUUAUCUCGAUGCUCCAAUCCAAAGAGUUACUGGGGCAGAUGUUCCAACUCCUUAUGCAAAGGAACUAGAGGAUUUUGCGUUCCCAGAUCCAGAUACUAUUGUCAAAGCAGUGAAAGAAGUUCUAUCUAUUGAAUAG